GUGAAAGUGAAAGUAGAAAAAGCAGAGUGGGAGUGCAGGGAGAAAAGACUCACAGGACGGGGGUCUGCUAGAUCAAAGUGACUUUAUUCUUCACUUAAUUCUCUUCUAACAACAUGGAAGUGCGGACAACAGGGAGCCAAUCAGCAGGAAGCAUGCCAAAGGAAGAGACCAGCAACACGUGGAUCAAACUGAAAGGUCCUGCUGCAGAAUCAUUGUCAAAAGCUUUCUUUGGGCCAGCUGUUGUAGUUUUGCAGGACAACAAGGGAGCGAGAAGAGUAGCAGAAGCAGCAGAAGAAGACACAGCAAUAGUGCCAAUAGCACCAGUACGAGAGGCUGAAGGAGGAGGUGCAGUCAUAACUGGAAGAGGAGGAACAACAGUGUCAGUGUCCCCAGCGAGGAUUGUCAUUGCAGGAACAUCUGGAGCUGGGAAAAGUAUCAAAGUGCUAAAAACAUACAGGAUUGUCCUGCUGGGAAGAACUGGAGCAGGGAAAAGCAGCCUAGCAAACACCAUAUUUGGAGAGGAUGUGUUCAAGAUUAAGCAUUCCUCCACCUGUGGAACAAGAGAAUGUCAAGCAGAAUCCAAAUCUGUUCAUGGACGAAGAAUUACCCUGGUUGACACUCCUGAUUUCUUUGAUACAGACAGACCUGAGGAGAAGCUGAAGUGUGAGAUAGUGAGGAGUAUCACAGAGUGCACUCCUGGGCCUCAUGCUUUUUUCAUUGUACUUAAAGUGGGAACAUUCACCAAGUAUGACGAAGCUGUCGUCACAAAAAUGUUUCAUUAUUUUUCUGAGGAAGCUUUGAAGUAUGUGGCUGUUGUCUUCACUCAUGGUGACCUGCUCCCAGAGGGAGUCAAAAUUGAGGAGUUUGUUAAUCAGAGUAAAUGUCUCAGCGACCUGGUGAAGAAAUGCGGUGGCCGAUGCCACGUCGUUGAUAAUAAAUACUGGAAAAACAACCAACGGGAUGAAUACAGGAGCAACUGGUUCCAGGUGACAGAGCUGCUCAACACAACAGACAAGAUACUGAUGGAAAACAAAGGAGGCUGCUACACCAAUGAGAUGCUAAAAGCAGUGAGCAGAGUAAUACAGGAAAAGAGCAACAGAACAGCCUUAGGAAACAUGUCACAAGGACACACCAGCAGUAAGGCUGACAACAGUGUCUCCAAGAAUGUGUGGAUCAAAUUAACAGGCCCUGCAGCAGAAUCCUUGGGGAAGGCUUUACUCCACACGACUGUCAUAGAUUUGAGGGGAACUGGGGGAGAAAACAGAGGAGGAGAAGUAAAGGAGGAAGGAGAAGAGGAAACAGAAACAGAAGACGAGGCAAAGGAAGCAGCAACAGAAACAGAAGACAAAGCAGAGGAGGCAGCAACAGAAACAGAAGACGAAGCAGAGGAAGCAGCAACAGGAACAGAAGACGAAGCAGAGGAAGCAGAAAACGAAGAAGUUGCAACAGAACCAGAAGCAGCUACAGAUAAGGAUGCAGAAGAAGUAACAGAAAGAAAGACAGCAAAACAUGGACAACAAGCAGGAGGUGGCGGAUUUCUAGGUAGUCUAUUUGGGUCAUUUUUUGGGAUAGUAGCUGCACUAGGGGGUGUAACCGCAGCAGUAGUAGGAGGAGCAGCAGCAGCAGCAUGGGGUGCAGCAGUAGCAGCAAUGGUCGGAGCAGCAGGAGUAGGAAUAGGAGCAUGGGUAAAAUCAAAACUUAAAGGCAUCCUAAAGGACCUGCAACAACAUAGCAGAAUCAUAUUGCUGGUGGCAGUCUUCUACUUAAUGCUGCUACUGUCAUUCUGGGAGCAAGUACGAAUGUUUGGGGUAAUAUUACUGUGUUUGUCGUUAGUGUUACUAUUGCUGCUUAGCUAGUACUAUCACAGAAAUGUCUAACCAUCAGGUUUACAACAACCCAAAUUCUGUGAAUGGUAAAAUAUAGCAAUUACUUUGGAAGGAAAACAAACAAAAUCCUUUGGCUUGAUAAUGGUGCUGUAACCAGUGAUGACCAAAUGAGGCCUCGUGAACCACU